GAGAGAGAGAGAGUGUAAGAGAGAGAAAAUUGAGUGACAGAUAGAGAGAAAAUGCGUGAAAGAGAGAGUAAAAGAUGUUGGGCUCAGGUUUCAUUCAGCUCAGGGUCAGGGGUCAGGCACUAGGGUUUGUGUGUCCCGCCCUACACAACUCAUCUGAAACUGUUUUUUAAUCCAGACCGUUACCACACACUGGGUCAACAUCGAGUAUGGGUUAUGCAUUCCAAACCAGAAAUUCCAUCGUCAUUACAAAUCCCCUGUUCUGCUUUCCCAUGACAAAUCUCUAUUCUGUGAUGUCUCCUCCCCCUUUUCCCACCAGCCUCAGUAUCUUUCCCUUUUCUUCUCCAUCUCUUUCUACCUCUCUCGCCCCGGCUUUCUCUCUCUCUUAUUUGCACUCCCUCUCUCCAGCUAUGUCUACGGCCCUGUCUUGGCCUCAGACUCCUCUCUCCCUCUUCUAACUCUCUUCCCUCCUGUCCGCUCUUUCUAGUCCUUUCUUUCUCCCUGUCCCCUUUAAUCCAACUCUCAGAGACCCAGUAACAAGAAACUGUGUGUGUGUUUGUGUGUGUUUGUGUGUGUCAUUUGCUACAAGGAGGAGUAACACUCCCCUGCUACACUUGCAUUAGAUCUGUCCAAUCAGAUCACGGAUCAGUGAACCUGGCAUCAGAAGGCAUCCAAUCAUGGGAAGCCUGUUCGAAUGUGAAGGCCUGCUGGUACUUCCUGUUGUUCUGUGUAGAGAUGGGCUUUCCCUCCGGACAGCCCUCUCUGUUCUCAGGACCCUUCGCGGUCCCAGCAUGCCUCUGGGGGACAGCAGAGCUGUUGGAUAGGCUGUCUCAUCAGGCCUGGGACAUCAUAGACACCAUGUUGGUCCCUGUAUCCUACAGACAAACACACAUGCACAUGAACGCCAGAGAGCAAAUGUGGAGCUAACUGUCAGAGGUAAGGUGUUUACAGCUAGGAGGAGGAGAGGAGUGAGAGGAGGAGGGAGAGGAGAGAAGAGGAGGGGAGAGGAGAGGAGGGGGAGAGAACUGAGGGAGAAGAAGAUGGGGAGUCAAAAAGGUUCAAAACAAGCUGAGGAGGGGGUGAGAGGAGGGGCUGGUGAUGUUGAGGAAGGGCAGGGAGAGCUGGGGAUGGCGAGUGAUAAGGGGAGGAGGGAGAGCGGAGAGGGGAAGGCAGAGAGGCAGGGCCAGGGGAAGGCAGAGAGGCAGGGCCAGGGGAGGCAGAGAGGCAGGGCCAGGGGAUUCAGAGAGGCCGAGAAGGAGGGAGAUGUGAGUGGGAUCAGAGUGUACCAGAAGGCAUAAACAUUCCAGCUACAGUAAGGCACAGGAAACUGCUACUGCUGCCCUCCCCUCUCUCCUUCCUCUCGUUUUCUCCUCCCUCCUCUCUCACUCCUUGCCUCCUCGCUCUCUCUCUCUCUCUCUGCGUCCUCUCUCUGGUGGCAGUCUGUGGUCAGAGUAGCUUAGAGGAGCAGCAGAGCUGUAGAGACACAGGGGACGUCUGCCUGGAAACACAGAGGGACGUCUCAAAGAUGGCAGCCCGCCCCAGGCUCUAAGGCUGCCAUGUUGGUCAAGGUCAGCAACGCCGACAGGAACCAAUCAGCUAGCCUCGCUGGUCCCAAACGUCUUGUCCGUCCUGGGAGUCCUGGUGGCUCCGCCCCCGGUAACAGACCCCGCCCUCCAGCCAGGAUGGAGCCCAAACACCCGGCCGUCUCAAGCAAGGCUGCCCCCCCCAUCUACGACGAGCCUCCCCAUGAGCCCCCCAUCUAUGAAGACCCUCCCCCGGACAUGCUGGCCCACAGCAGGCUGCUGCAGUACCCCGCCCCCCAGCCCCCGCGCAGUCACACCCGACAGCCCUCCGACACCGAGUACAGCCCUGCGGGACGGGAGUGCAUCAAGCACAUGGUGAACGUGGAGCCUGCCGUCAGCAAGACUGCUGUCCUGUACCAGCCCAGCCCUCACUACCCCCUCUCCCCACCCCCCCUUCCCUCCUUACCCGCUCUGCCCUCACCGCCCUUGCCCCAGACGCCCACAGACGCCCCAGAUCUUGAAACGUGGGGAUCUCCUUCCCCUGCGGUUCCCUCUACCUCUUCCCAGCCCCACCCCCAGCCCCACCCCCAGCCCCACCUCCAGCCCCACCCCCAGCCCCAGACCAGGGAGCUGAGCCUGGAAAAGGCGGCGUCCUGGCGCCUCCUGGAGGCCAGUGUCCGAAGGAACAUGGAGCCGCGCCACAGUCGUCAGAACAGCCUGGCCAAUCAGGAGUACCCGGCCCCUGCCACUGUGACCUACCAGGACUCAGGAUACUCCACGGGGCCCUCCCCCAGCGUGAGGAGGAGGAGGCGGGCGCUGGAUGGCGUGGCUGCCGGGGCUCGGCCCGGCUCGCUGGGCAGCAGUGGUGAGCUGAGCGUGGUGAGCGAGCGCCUGAUGGCCAAGAGAGACAGCAGGGUCAGUCUGGAGACCCAGCUGUCAGAGGGCUCCACCCCCCGCAGCAGCCUGCAGGCCCUGGCCCGACCCGGGGGCCCCCGGGACGACCGGACGUCCAGCAGCCACUCUCUGACCCCUUCCGCCAGUAACCAUGGCGACUCGGCCCUCUCGACCCUGGCUGUAGAUGGCGAGGGCUGUUAUAAAGCGACCUAUGGGAAGAAGAUGUCGCUGGACGCAAGCAUCCAGUCCUCAGCAGAGAACCCUUGUCAGGCAGGAAGUGUGGAGGGCCGGGGGCAGAUGGAACCCUCCCAACCGCAGGGCGUCACAGGGCAGGUGGUGGCAAGAGGCCGUAGCCAGGGGGUGGGGGGGAGGAGGGGUGCUGGGGCUGGAGGAGAGGGAGGAGUGUACGAGUACACCCCCCGGAGCCAGCCCCCCCCAGACAGCAGCAUAGAGGCAUGGGCCAACCAGAACCUCAACGUGCACACCCAGGGACUCUUCCGCCGCCGCCUCUCAUUGGCCAGCAUGCUCGCCUGGAGUCCCGCCUCCAUCAAGAAGCCCAUGCUGGCGAGCUGUGGCCCCGCCCUCAGGAAGCAGGCGUGUGAGAUGUUCCGGCUGGUGCAGGUGUACAUGGGAGACCGCUCGCCCCGCUCCGGACGCCUGCCGCCCCACAACUCGGGCCUGACCCUGGUGACCUGGUGCUGGAGCGGGCAGGGCCUGAGGGACGAGCUGUACGUCCAGCUGGUCAAACAGACCACUGAUAACCCGGGGCUGGCCAGCCUGCGGGCCGGCUGGGAGCUGCUGGCCAUCUGCCUGGCCUUCUUCUCCCCCUCUGCCUCGUUCACACGCUACCUGCAGGCCUACAUCCACAAACACAUGGAGCCCAGCCACGACGACAUGAUCACACGGCGCAUGGCAGAGCAGCAGGACGCGAGGAGUAAGAAGAACUCCAAGUCCAGGAAGAAGAGGAAACAGAACACUGAGGGGGAGGAAGAGGAGGGACUACCAAUCAGCACUUAUGCAAAGUAUUGCUACCGCAAGCUGCAGAAGGUGGCACUCACAGGAGGCAAGAAGGGCCUGAGGAAGCCCAGCCUGGAGGAGCUGUGCCAGGGCCGCAGGGCCAUCGUCACCCCCUCUCUGUUCGGCUCCUCCCUGGAGGAGGUGAUGGAGCGCCAGGCCCUCAGCUACCCUGAGCGCCGCCUGCCCUGGGUGCAGGUCCAGCUCUCCCUGGCCGUCCUGGCCCUCGGGGGGGCACACACGGAGGGUAUCUUCAGGGUUCCAGGGGACAUUGAUGAGGUCAACGCUCUGAAGCUUCAGGUCGACCAGUGGAACAUUCCAGAAAACCUGCCGGACCCAACCGUACCUGCGUCUCUGUUGAAGCUGUGGUACCGGGAGCUGGAGGAGCCUCUCAUCCCUCAGAGUUUCUAUCAGGACUGUAUUAGUAACCAUGACGACCCGGAGUCUGCUGUCCGAGUGGUCCAGUCCCUGCCGGAACUGAACAGACUGGUGCUCUGCUACUUCAUCCACUUCCUACAGGUGUUUGCCCAGCCAGUCAAUGUCAGUAAGACAAAGAUGGAUGUCAACAACCUUGCCAUGGUUAUGGCACCAAACUGCCUGCGCUGCCAAUCAGAUGAGCCGCUGGUCAUCUUCCAGAACACGCGCAGAGAGAUGUCCUUCCUGCGCACGCUCAUCGUCCACCUGGACACCACUGACAUCACCAGCAUCACAUGACCUCACCUGUCCCUCCCCCCCAUCACACAGCUAAUCACAGGUCCCCUUGAAUAUCUGAACCAAUCACUGUCUCCUCUGGUUCUCUGAACCAAUCACAGUUGCCAACUAGACAUCUGAACCAAUCUCUUGUCUCUCUUCGUCCUACCACUGGAUAUUGUAUUAUCUGCCUGUUUUACAUCUAACAGGUUGGCCUGUCAACAAUAGGACAUUAUAGUAGUUGACACGGAGGCCUUGCAGUCCUGGUGAAAGAGAAAGCAGGGUGAUGCUACUGUGUGCAGACCUUCCAGCCGCUGGUUGGCCUCAGCUGCAUUUAGCUGUGGUAACAGCGUGGUCUGGCCCUCAUAUGGAGGCUAUGAGAGGCGUGUGUGUCUGUGUAAGCACAAGCAGCUCUAAUGAGCGCUUGUGCUGAGCACUUGCGCUGGCUGUUAACCCUUUCUUUGCUGUGACCACCCCCCUCCUCUUCCUCCUCCUCCUCGUCACCACCAGACACACACACCUCCCUCCGUUCCUGACCGCUACUGAUGGCCUUGGUAAAUUUGUUCUUUUCAGGGUGCAACUGUGACUUUGCUGUGACAUAUUUUGCUUUUUAAUGUCCAUUAUGAUCCUGUGAAUACAUUUAUUUCAAGAGUAAUUGAUAAAAUCCUGUUUGUAAAUGUAGGAAUUCAUAAACGUGUCUUAGUUUUAUUUCCAUUGUAUGUGUGAAUCUCUCCGUGUGUUUUUAGUUUUAUUGGUACAGUAGACAGGGUCUUGCGUUUAGAGAAUGCAUCUUGCCUGCUGUUGUGACAUUAGGCACACCUCACGCACACACAUAAGCACAAUCAGUCGGCAGAGUUGAAGAAAUAGCAUGGGUUCAGAGUCCAUAGUAACGGAGAAAGAAAGUUAGAUGAAAACUUCAACGCUGUAGGCGAGUGUUUGUGGCUACUGUCCUCUACUGCCCUCUGGGGGUUUGUAAGAAAAACGCAUUUGUUUACAUUUCACGCACACACACGUCUCAACUUUAAAAAGCAAUAAACUUGGUUGUUUAUCAUG